UCCUCCCGCUUCACAGUCAGUCCUAAGUCCUCUCUCUCCCUCCUUGUACGCGGUUCUCAUCGUCGAUUUUACAUACCCCUUCGUCCCUGCUCUCGCAAUAACACGGUGCUUUCAUCUUUCUCCAUUUCCCCCCUACAGAUCCCCUCUUAAACACUCCGCUCCCUUCCCUUUCUCCCUCUUACCUUGGUGGAUUUCCCUCAACGACGGCCAUCGAAAGAGGAAACGUUCUCGAAAAUGGCAGCGUCCCGCUACGAGCUGGAGGUGACUGCAUCGUCGGCCAAGGACCUCAAGAACGUAAACUGGCGCCACGGCCCAACCCGCCCCUACGCCGUCCUCUGGGUCGACCCCAACAACAAGUGGUCCACCCUGGUCGACGACGAGGGAGACGCCAACCCCGUCUGGAACCAGACCCUCGUCAUGCCCUUGCACCUCGGCCCCAUCAGGGACGCCACCUUCUACAUCGACGUCGUCCACGCCGGCUCCGAGGAGGACACCGAACCCCUGAUCGGAUCGGCUCGGCUCAAUCUCCGCCACGUCCUUGACGAGGUCGGCUUCGGCAAUCCUCUUGGGCGUAGCCUCCAGCUGAAGCGCCCCUCUGGCCGGCCGCACGGCAAGGUCGAGGUCAGGGUCUGCGUGAGGAAGACGGGUCGUUACCGUGCGCCUCCCUACGGCGUCCCGCCGGCUACCAGGGAGUACGCGCCGCCGCCGCCACCGCCGCCGCCGCAGUACAGAGCGGAGGAGGAGCAGAGAUUCGAGGGGAUGUUUACGGCAAUGGGUGUGGGCUUCGGGCUGGGGCUGGGGCUGGGGCUGGGGCUGGGGAUUCUGGCAGGACGCGCCCGCCCGGACUUUUCCGAUUCCUCGGAGGAUGAGAACGACGAGUACGCCGACGAGGACGAGGACACCGACGAGGACGAGGACGAGGACGAGGACGAGGACGAGGACGGGAUCGUGGUUGAGGCGGACGAGAUUGUCGAUGAUGGGCCAGCGGAAGAUGAGAGCAACGAUGAGGACUAG